AUGUUAGAGAAAUUUUGGGAAGACGAGAAUGUGGAGAUUAAAACUAACAAACCUUAUACAUUAGAAGAGUUACGAGCUGAGCAAAUUUACGAGAAUACUACAACACGAGAACCUAAUGGAAGAUACGUCGUCGCACUUCCGUUUAAGCACGACGAACCUAACCUACCUACACAUACUUAUGAGAGAGCACUAGACAGAUUCAAGAGAUUAGAGAAAAAACUAUCACAAGAUGAGAAACUGAGUCACGAGUAUAAUAAAGUUAUGAGAGAGUAUCUUACUUUAAAUCACAUGGAGCCGGUAAAAGAGAGAACGAGAAACGAGAGAGCCAUAUACCUACCGCACCAUGCAGUAUUGAGAGAAGAUAAAAUUACGACAAAAGUUAGAGUUGUGUUUGAUGCUUCGAGUAAAGGAAGCAACAAUAUUUCACUUAAUGAUGAGUUAUUAAUUGGUCCACCGCUACAAGAAGAAUUACGUAGUAUUUUGAUGAGAUGGAGAAUGCAUAAGAUUUGUUUUACAGCGGACAUAAUCAAAAUGUACCGACAAAUAAGACUGAGAAAGGAAGAUACAGAUUAUCACAGAAUAUUAUGGCGUUUUAGUGAUGAAGAAGAAAUACAAGAUUAUAGAUUGCUAACAGUCACAUUUGGCACAGCAUGCGCGCCAUACCUUGCAAUAAAAACACUUAAACAAGUAGCGAUAGACGAAGAUAAGGAUGAGUCAUUACAAGAGGCACAGAGAGCUAUUCUAAACGAUUUUUUCGUCGAUGACAUUUUAUCAGGAAGUUACGAUGUAGAAACUGCAAUCGACAUUCAAAGUAAAGUAACAAAAAUACUACAAUCAGGAGGUUUUGAGCUACAAAAAUGGAAUUCUAAUAGUAAACAAUUUAUGGAAGAGAUCGAGAAUAGUAAAAGAGCAUCAAAAAAUGAGAUAGAGCCAAACAUAAAAGAUACAACAAAAACGUUAGGUAUUAACUGGAAUACACUAACUGACAAGUUACAAAUAACAAAUACAGUCCACAAUUCGAAAAUAUCACUUGAACCAACUAUAACUAAGAGAAAGGUACUUACCGUAAUAGCUUCGCUAUUCGAUCCUAUGGGUUGGUUAGCACCGAGUAUUAUUGUUGCCAAAAUCUUCAUGCAAAAACUGUGGGCAGCAAAGAUUUCAUGGGAUGAUGAGCUACCAGCCUCACUACGGAAUGAAUGGCGCAAAUACAAUUCUCAGUUAAACAAACUUUCUGAAAUAAAUCUAGAUAGAUGGAUGGGUACCUCGAAUACACAUCGUAGAUUUGAAUUGCAUGGUUUUUCAGACGCUUCAGCAGCAGCAUAUGCCGCAGUGGUUUAUGCUAGAGUUGUGCAAUCCAAUGAUGAAGUCAAGGUUUCGUUGAUAAUGUCAAAAACAAAGGUAGCACCUUUAAAACAAGUAACGCUCCCACGUUUAGAAUUAUGUGCUGCUCUUCUGCUGACAAAACUUUUAAAACAUGUCGCGACCGCAUUGAGAGUUGAUGAGACACAUACUUACGCUUGGUCCGACUCACAAGUAGCAUUAUGUUGGAUUAACGGCGAUCCCAAUAGAUGGAAACCAUAUGUAAAGAAUAGAGUGAUUGAAAUAUCAAAUACUUUCAAACCAAAUUGGUCUUACAUACCUACAAAAGAGAAUCCUGCUGACCCAGCAUCACGAGGAGUAGCGCCUGAAAAAUUAAAAUCCCAUGAGUUGUGGUGGCAAGGUCCAUUAUUUCUAAAAGAUAAAUACAUAAAAAGACUUACCUGUGAAGUACCAACUACUACAUUGGAGCUAAAAGAAACAGUUUCUUGUAUGACAGUUAAGUCGCAAGAGUCAGAAGAUGUGGAAAUACUUACCUUAUUAACUAAAUAUUCUUCUUUGAGAAAACUAAUAACGGUGAUAGCAUACUGUAGACGAUGGCUGCACCUGAAAAAUAAAGAUAAGGUUAAUACAUCAUUUAUAAAUUUUGAGGAAAGAGAAGAAGCACUUACCGUUUGUUUAAAGUUGUCACAAGGCUUAGAGUUUAGAGAUGAAAUUGAGAAUUUGAAAAGGGGCUUACCUGUACAAAAGAAAAGUCGUUUAUUAUCAUUAAAACCGUUCUUGGAUAAAAACGAAGUGUUAAGAGUCGGAGGUCGCCUAAAGCAUGCUCACAUUCAGUAUCAGAGUAAACAUCCUGUAAUUAUUUCAAAAACUAAUGUACUCUUACCAUUAUUGUUAGCAGAUGCUCAUUUUAAUACGCUACAUGGAGGGCCACAAUUAAUGUUGUCAUACUUACGUGGCAAAUACUGGUUGAUAAAUGCAGGCAAUACUGUAAAACGAUUUGUGAGAAAUUGCAUGAUUUGUUCGAGACAACGCGCCAAUAACACUACACAGAUGAUGGGAGAUUUACCAGAGUGUCGUGUUACUCCAUCGAGACCAUUUCUUAUAAGUGGAGUUGAUUUUGCAGGCCCUAUAGACGUACGUAUGAGCAAGGGCAGAGGAGCAAAAUCCUAUCGUGGCUAUAUCGCAUUAUUUAUAUGCAUGGCUACAAAGGCUAUACACGUAGAGAUCGUGAGUGACAUGACCGUGGAUGCGUUCAUGGCUGCAUUCAGACGUUUCAUAUCAAGAAGAGGUCCAUGUAGAGAGAUGUGGAGCGAUAAUGGAACUACAUUCGUCGCUGCUAGUAAAGAAAUUUUAGAGAUGUGGCACCAAGGCAAGGCAUCGAUACCAAAAGAACUUGAAUCACUACUAGAUUCCAAAUCUACCAAAUGGCGUUAUAUUCCACCGGGAUCACCAAAUUUCGGAGGAUUAUGGGAGGCCGGAGUGAAAUCCAUAAAAUAUCACAUAAAGAGAACAAUAGGAGAGGCAACACUUACCUUUGAGGAGUUGUACACCGUCCUCGUCCAAAUCGAGGCGUGCCUAAAUUCGCGACCGCUCUCUCCCAUGAGUGAUCAUCCUGAUGAUUUUGAACCUUUAACCCCAGCACAUUUUUUGGUUGGCGAAUCACUGAUCACAGUUCCUGAGCGAGAUUUAACUGAUUUCAAAAUACACAAUUUAACACGAUGGAGACUUCUACAAAAGAUGAUGCAAUCCUUUUGGAAAAAAUGGCAUGUCGAAUAUUUAUCACGAUUACAAGAGCGACCAAAAUGGAUGCAACUAAAGAAGGAGUUUAAUGUCGGUGAUUUAGUCCUUAUGAAAAUACCUAAUCUGCCGCCAAGUAAAUGGUUUCUUGGGCGCAUUGAGAAAAAAUAUCCUGGCCAAGACGGAAUAACGAGAACUUAUGAUGUACGAACAAAGGCAGGAGUCUACACGAGAACUGUUGGGAAACUAUGCCCAUUACCUGAUGUUUAA